AUGUCAUUGCUGCAGCGUCGACGUGGAGGGAUGAGUGGUGAGUCAGCCGAUGAAGCCUUGGACCGCAUGAUCGCCCAGACUCAAGAGGAGGGAGAGAGAAGAAGAGCUCUGUCUGCUCCUAGGAGGAUGGAAGGUGGUGUGCGGAGGUUGGAAAUUCAGGCUGGAGCAGAGGGAGAUGGACGAGCUCAAGGUCGAGAAGGUGAGGUGGCGAGGCCUGCUGGUUUGCCACAAGCUUUAGGGCCUGAAGCUCCUCCGGUGGCAGCUCAGCAGGAAUUGCCGGGUGGUGGGAGAUCGACAAUGGUGGUAGGACCGCUUCUUCGGGGUGUGGCGCAAGAUGUGGCUGGUGCGGUGGGUAACCAACUGCAAGCUUUGGGGACACUUUUUCCUGGAGCUCAAGUCCGUUCUUGUGUACCUCAAGGUGGUCCUCCUGGUGUCCUUCCUCUACAAGGUCUUCAUGCUGAACUACAUCAACGCAGUGGUCAGGGGAUCAAUGACCAAGGUGGUGGCUGUCCGAGUGGAGGGCAUGUGGGCGGUGCUAUGUUGGGACCUUUGGCUGAGCCUUUGCCGCCGUUGGUAGCUUUUCAGCUGCCGCAGCAGCAACAGAUGGGAUCAGCCGCGAGUCCACACCCGCCAGUGUUUCAUCCUUCAGGUAGCCAACCAGCUCAGGGAUUAGGAGUGAUGGUGACUCCAGUCCGAGAACCUCGAGACCUGCAGUCAGUACCCAUGGUGAGCCCGGUUCCCAUGCAAAUGGUGAGCCCGGUUCCCAUGCAGGCAUUGGCUGGAGGGGGGAACCCAGCUCCUGUUGGAACAGAUCCAUCGGGAGGGACUCAGAUGAUGAUGGACCCAGCUGCGAUGGCAGUUGAGGAGAUCAGAAAGCGGGUGAUGCGGGAGGCAGAGGAAGCUUUCGCCAAGGAGGUGAGAAGGCUUCAAGGUCAGACCGAGGAAACCCAAUCGUACCAGUCAGCAUCCAGUGGAGCUGGACAGGGACAGGCCGUGGUUGGCCAGGCCUUGGGAACUUCUCAGCCGUUGGGAGGAGUCGGUGGAAUGCCGUCUCCACCUCCAGGGAUUGAUCCGGGAUUCCAAGGAAGGAAUCAAGCUGGGCUAGCUCAGCCGGGACCAUCUCUGACUGAGGCUUUGAGGGCCCUGGAGCUACCAAAGCUUCCCACACCGGGAAGUGAAGGUGCGUCCAUCCAGUUCGGGGAUUGGAUGACUGUGGUGCAUCCACUGAUGAGUGAUCUUUCUGGAAGUGCUGGAGAAUGGUGGAGUCUGACAGUGAAAACUGUGGAACACCACUAUCAGCAGUGGCUGGUUGCCACGCCGCUGGAGAAGCUGCGCAUGAAACCAGGAUCACCAGUGAUCGGUGAAGGCUACGCAAGACUGGAACAGCGGUCAGUAUCUAUGUUGCUAGCUGCUUUGCCAGAAGGUUUGCGACAGGACGUCAUAGCAUCGCGGCGUCUCUCGACGGUCGGGAUUCUGUUCCGAUUGUUUACCACCUUUCAACCUGGUGGUUCGGGUGAAAGGACAGGAUUGAUCAAGUCCAUCAGCGAGGCCAAGGUGCCAGCAGGUUUGGUGGAACUGCUGGGGUCCGUUCGGCAAUGGCGCCGAUCAGUGGGAAGGUCGGAGGAGCUGAGUGUAACAGUGGAUCCUCUGGUUCUGACAGGUGUGUUGUCGAAGUUCGCUGACGGAGCUUCAAGAUUGGGUGGAAGUCAGGUGGCGUUCCGCUUGGCGACCAUGCGCCAACAGCUGGACGUAGAUAGAGCUCCAAGCCUUGGUUCGGUCAAAGAAUGGGCCGAGUACAUCCAAGCUGAGCUGGAAGAGUUGGCUAAUGCGCAGACUGCUGGGAAGGCGACGCCGUCGAAUCCGCCAGCGUUGGCUCCGGUGCUGACGCAGGGGAAUCCGGCUGUCAAGGCCUUCACGGGGGAAGGGCAGAAGCCAUGGGAGAGGCCAGAAGGUGAGAAAGCGCCGUGUCGUUUCUGGGGCACUGACGAAGGGUGUCGCAGGGGUGAGAAGUGCGGUUUUGCACACGCCUGGGGAACGUUGGAGAAAUCCUCAAGGUGCUUGCUUUGCUCAUCAACAGGCCACCGUAAAAGGGAUUGUCCCACAGCCAAGCCUAAAGAUGGAAAUGGCUGGACACAGAAAGGUGACCGGAAGGUCGCUAAGGUCCUCAAUAAGAAAGGGGAGAAGAGCACUGAAAAGGAGAGCCAAAAAGAGUCAACAGUAGUGAAGGAGGCAGCGGAGGAAAAUCCGCAACCGGAAAAAAGAUCUGAGGGUUCCCAGCCCAAGCAGGAAGGUGACUUGGUGCAGAACCUCAACGGUCUGGUUAAGUCCAUGACGUCGAUCAAAUCGGUCUUCAUCAAGACGGUAAAAAUGGACAAGGAGUGCGGAGGAGAGUACGCCUUGCUAGAUGGGGGGGCGACUCACGCAUUGCGACAGGCGAAGAGCUCCGAAGUUCCGCAUCUUUGGCCAGUCCAAGUUGAAAUGGCGAUGGGAAGUGUCACGCUCUAUCGGUGCGCAGCGCACAAUACGCUGUUGGCACUGAAUAACGUGGAACCCAUAAUUCCAUUGCGGCUGCUAGUAGAUCACGGAUUCAAGAUCGACUGGCAGAAGGAUCGCUGUGACAUCUCACACCCGAAACAUGGGAACCUGCAGUGUGUCAGACGCCAAGGGUGUCCAGUGAUGGACAGAAGUGAAGCCUUGAGUCUCUUGGAGUCACUUGAGAAUGGUGGAGUGGGAGACUACUGUGAGCCACCGGCUCAGGAGAUCGAAUGGUGGAAGGAGAAGUAUCCACAGGUCCCUGAGAGAAUCUGGUCUUUGAUGAGGGGCCAAGGGCUGAACUGGGAAGAAAUUACCUCCCCUUUGCCUUGGAAUAGGGCAAAGCGGAGGAGGUUGGAAAGAGCUCGAGGUGGUGUGGUGAUCCAUCUUUUCUCUGGGUCCGGGGGAGAAUCCAGGAGAUGGCGGGAUCUCACGGGAUCAGACACCGAGGUGCUGACCGUUGACAUCUCAUCGAACGCUCAAGAAGAUCUACACGCCGCUGGGGUGUGGGCGUAUCUGUGGGGAUUGGCUGAAAGGGGCCGGAUCCGGAUGAUAACCGCCGGACCGCCAUGCAGGACAGUGAGUCGUCUUAGGCAUAAGAUCCCAGGUCCUCGCCCUUUGCGUGGCAGAAAGAAUCACAGAUUCGCUUUGGAUGAGCUAACGGAAAGAGAAAUGACAAAGGUGGAUGGAGAUACCGCCCUGUGGUUGAAAACUCUUGGUCUCUAUGAGAAAUCUCAAGAGGGAAUGGUGGCGAAUGGCAUUCUGGGUCAGUGUGGUCUUCUGGUGGAAAGUCCCCAAGAUCCAUGCGAGUAUGUGGAAGAUGGGAAAGAGUAUCCGUCCUUCUGGGAAUGGGAGGAAACAGAAGAUUUCUUGAAACGAAACCCAGACAUGUUCAAGGUCAGGGUGGACCAAGGGGCUCUAGGGCACCCACGCCCCAAACCCACAACGCUUCUGACCAACAUAGUCCAGCUGAAGGAACUUGAUGGGAUUACCUCGAAGGAAUCUGGAGAGAGUGUGUGCAUGGAUCUCCGGGAGCGGCUGAAGCAGACGGCUUCUUGGUCUGCAUGGGCUCCAGGUCUGAUGGCUGCUCUCAAGAUUGUGAUACCCAAAUUUCUGGCGAGCCAGGCUCAGCAACCGAUGCUGAGCAAGUUGGACUUAGCGGGAUGGAAGAAGCAUCUGCAGGCACAACACGUGCCAUACCGGCGGGACUGUAAGGUCUGCUUGGAAACCAUGGGCUCGGCUGAGCCACAUCGCCGAAAGAGGGGUCAAGAAUCCGCCUUUGUGAUGUCUGUAGACAUCUGUGGUCCGUUCAAAAAGGGCACCGACCUUGGUGUCUCCAAACGCAGAAAGGUAAAGUAUGCCUUGCUGGCGACUAUCCCUGUGCCUCAGUGGCCAAGUCCGGGGGAGAAGGAGGAUUCCACGGAGGCGGUGGAACCUCAAAAGGAAGAAGUUGUUCCCGAAGCUGAGGAAGUGGAAGCCUCCGGGGAGCUUCUUUUGGCUCCAGAGCCCAGGGAUCUGAUCCCAGAGGAAGAAGCCCGGAAGAGAAACCAGGCUUGGGAAGAGUUCGUCAAAAAGGAAGUCAAGGAGAUAUCCAAGGAUGUUCCACUGGUGAACAUCACCUUCAUGGAGCCACUUGUCCAUCAAACUUUCAAUGCAGGCGAUGAGCCUGAAGCCAAUGGACGAAUUGAAGGGGAAAUCAACCAAUUCAAGCGUCGACUUCGCCUUUUGUUGGCAGAAACGGGAGUGAGUCAUGACUACUGGCGAUGCGCGGCCCGACACGGAGUCGAGGAACGAUUGCGUGCCCAAAUGAGAAAGUUGGGGGCCAAGUGUAAGGAGAUGCCACCCUUUGCUGUGUUGGCUCAGGUUAAGGCCAAACUGUGGCAUCGUCGAAAAGAAGGGGCGUUGUCAUCCCCUUAUAAGACGCUUCGAAUUAUGGGCCCUUCACCUCAGAUGACUAACGGUUGGGUUGCUCUUGAUGAAGAAGCCAACCUUGUGCAGCACGCACGGUCCGUGUUCAUUCCUGAUCCUCUUGGAGAAACAGCUCGUUUGGAGCUGGAAACGGUCGAUGAUCCCAAGGAUCCUCCCAAAAGACGUCUCAAUGGGAAGCAGCCACUGGUUGUGGAGGUUUCCAAGAUCCCUUUACCACCUCCUAGGGAGGACCGUGAACUUGAGUCAUUGUUGGCUGUGGCCGACGCUGAGGAAGAAGAUGGGUAUGAGCCCUCUAUCUUGUCUGACUCUGAGUUGGUUCCACCUGAGGCAGAAUUGGGAUUGCCAGCUCUCAUGGCCUUACGAGCUGGGGGGGAGUCUCUUGUGGAUGGAACUCAACUUGAAGGUUGGGGGGAGAUCGAAAAGACGGAAGUAGAGGAGUAUGUGAAUGAGCUCCGCUACCAGCACUGCAAUCUGAGAAAACUUCUGCAGGAACAGGUGAAUGCAGUCGCUGGGACAGAAGAAGAAGGUGCGGCGCAAGGACAAGUCGUGCAACACGUGAGUACCCAAGUGAGAUGGCUGGAAAGUGAAUUGGAGCAUUAUUCCCGGAUCGAAGAAGAAGGUGCCAAGGUGGAGGCAUUGGAAGCUGAAGAGUGUGAGAGACAUGCCCGAAUCGCAGCUUUGUCGACGGAUGGCCAACCAGGGGAUGAGAACCAAGGUGUGAGCAGGCCCCCGACGGUCUUGCAAACCUACACUAUCCCCUUGACGAUGGUAAAGCGGGAUAUGGAAUCCUGGAUUGAACCAAUUAAGGCCGAGUACAACCCGCUUGUGUAUGAAAGCCAGGCGGUGAAACCGGUUAAGCUUAGUGAGUUGGAGGCUCACGAGGAUGGCAACAAGACUCAGGCGACUCCAGUGACGGCAGCGGACUUGUACGCUGGAGGAGCUGAUGCCACCGCCAUUCGAUGCAUGGUCAGAAAGACCGCCAUGAUGGAUGGGUGGGACAUGGGAGUCCUAGAUAUCAAGGGCGCGUUCUUGCUUGCCCCACGCCGAAGGGAGCAGGAGUGCCUGAUGAUGACCAUCCCACCGAAGCUGCUGGUGCAGGCUGGGAUCUGUCCGCCGGAAGAGAGGUGGGUGAUCCAAAAGGCGAUGUAUGGCCUGAAGACCAGUCCGGCCGACUGGAGUAGCUUCCGCGACCAAAGGGUCAAGAAAUUUGAGUGGAGCUCAAACGGUAGGUCUUUCUGGAUGCGUCAAACGGUCGAACCAAAUGUCUGGCAACUCGUGUCGAGCGAGGAGCCAGGAAGAGCGGACUCGGAUGAACGGGUAGAAGGUUUUUGUACCUUCUAUGUCGAUGAUGUCCUGGUCUGUGGACCAACUGAAGUAAUCAAGGGAUGUCUGAACCGAAUAAACCAGGAGUGGAACUGCUCCGAAGCGGAGUAUCUCUCAGAAAAGGGAAUGUUGAGAUUCUGUGGGAUGGAGUUGAAGCUGCACCCGAGGGGCGGCAUCCUCCUUUCCCAAGAAUCCUACACCAAGGAUGUGUUGGAUCGGUACCCAGAUGUACCAGAAGCGCUGGUACCAAUUGCAAGGACUGAGGAUGUUGAGGAAUCACCACCGGAGCCUGCAGAUGUCAAAAGGGCGCAGACUCUGGUCGGCGAACUUUUGUGGGUAAGCACAAAGACGCGGCCGGACGUGGCCUAUGCAGUGAGUUGGAUGGGUUCCCGAGCAUCCAAAUGUCCGAAGAGGGUUUGCCAACUUGGUAGGCAGACGCUUGGCUACUUAAAGGCCACAGUGGGUCAUGGUCUGCUAUACCAAAAGUGUCAAGAGGCCGACCGUGGGCCGAAUGGGAAUUUGGCAUUCUGCAGGGAUGCCAAUACGUUGGAAGUCCACUCGGAUGCGUCAUUCGGUCCAGGAGGGGAGAGGUCGUACUUAACCCAAAUGGACCGUGGAGAUCGAGACAUCUCAGGCUGCGCUCUAGGGCGUUGCACGAAGCGGUACAACAGGUUUGCAGGGCUCUACGACAUGGCUGAGCCGGAGGACCUGGAGACCUUGAAGAAGAUUGGAAUCUGUAGAGAAUGGGCUCUGAAGGGGCUGACUGUAGCUGUAGAGCUUGAAAGGUGGAAACCGACCACUGAAGAGCACCACCGGAUUAGGAACUACUGCCCUUCGGGCUGCCCCAGUGUCCGGGCGCUCCGUGCUGAAGCCAUGGCGACCAGCGUUGCUGAUGCUGGUGGCGAGGGUGGAGAUGGUCCUGGUGAUGGUGGAGAUGAUCGUAAGCCGUGGCCGAAGAGCUCCAUGGACGAUGACAUCUACACCGGGGAGAAAAAGAAAAGGAAGAGAAAGAAGAAAAACAAGGCCGCGAAGGCUGAUCAAGGUGAAGAGAAGGGCCCAAGUGCAGAGGCCUGUGAUGGAGAAGAGAAGGAAGAUGAGUGGCCGAGCUGGGAAAACAGAAAGCUUGAGGAGUCCGAGGAAACAGUCGCAGGGGAGCCAGGGCCUGUGACGUUGAUGCAGGCUACUCCGAAGACAGCGACGAGUGCUGCUCCGCUACCAGCUCCUCUACCUCCUCAAGACAACGAACCUACUGGCGAAGAGGUUCCGACUGCGACGGGCAGUCAGCCAGCCUCUUCUCAGGGGCCUGAGAACCCAGAUGGAACCACUUACACUGUCCGUGGUCAUGGUCGCCGCGACAUUGAGUCAGGCUUCUUUUGGGGAGGCGAAAAGAUCGUGGUAUCCUUUGUGAAUGCGGAUGGUGACCUGGAAAUUCGCAGAGGUGACGGUUUGAUCGAGAUCCGUCCCCUUGAUGAGCCAGAAGGAAAAGGGAAAGGAAAGAACGGGCCAGAGGUCAUCAGCUCUGGUGAAGAGAAUGAAGAAGCGAACAGCGACCCAACUGGUCCCAAAGGAAAAGGAAAACCCGUUCCCGAACCUCUGCUACCACCGAGGCGAGGCAGCGUGGGCUCUUCAACUGCCAGUGGCGAUGGCCUUGGAUCUUCAACCGACCGACCAGUUCCUAGUGGAGAUCGCCGGCAGUCUUUGGGAAAAGGAAAAGGCCAGGGGACGACUCCAGGCGCCGCUGAGGAUGACGAUGAUGAUGCCUGGGGAAACUGGACUUCUCAGGGUUUGCAUGGAGCUGGAGAACCGGAAGGCGAGCCUCCAGCUGAAGACCAUCCACCUGAUGAGGAAGAAAAUGAGGACUAUGACAUCCAUGCGAGAAAGGACCUGGAUGAUGGCUCGGGAACCAAGCGUCCUCCGCCUGAUAGUGGGUCCUACAGCAUGAAGGCUAUGUGA